AUGAGCGACUCGACUCUCUCAAGUGUCGAGCCAGAAACAGCUGCCAGCCGCGCCUGGUACAUACCCCAUAUCCGCUUGUCUAUCCUGGAGAACCUGGCGUCCAAUGCCGCGUACGCUGCCGAAAGCUUCCAACUUUUCGCGAAAAAGGAGAAGGCGGCUUUGCUCGAUUACCUUACGCUGAAUAGAGCGACCUUUCGCGACGUCGCCUUCAUGCUCUACCCAGAGAUAUAUUUGGACGACUUCCCGUGGGGCUGUAUAUGUGAGAUGCUCGAGUUUUUCCCCAACGUGCGCAGCGUUUUCUUCGACAGCACCAGAGAUUCUUACCUCCGAGCUAGGCACAGGGACAGCCCAGGUCGCUCUGCAGACGAACUACGCAUGGUGGAAAAGAUCCGCCUUGACGGCUCAUCAUUCUGCUCUCCCAAGGUGCGCCACCUGCCGGACGGUCUGGAUUACGAAUGUUGGUACCACCUAGAAGAAGACGUCCUCGCAGACUACUGGAGCACAGCAUCAUUUGAUCGUGAUGACCGCGGAGAGCUCAUCUUGCCAGAUGUGCUCCGUUUGCCCGCUUAUCGCCUCUCAGUCUGGAACAUCGACGGCGGCAACCCAGAGUGGUUUCACGUUCUGCGACACCGCAAAGCCCUGGGUAUCAAAACUUACAGCAUCCACUGGAGGAUUGCCACCUUUGAGCAGCUGGACACGCUAUCUAAGGUGGCAGGCGUAGGUCUUCAGGAGCUCGAAGUUUCGUGUUACGCAGAGGUAUUCGAAGAUGCCUCCCAGACGGCCACUGCUAUCAUGAACCAGAUUGACGCGGCACGGUUUCCUGAUCUCAGGACCCUCACGCUGCACAUCGACUUCCCAAGUCCGACUGCUCCCCCCAUGCCACCAGUUGCUCCCGAAUGGCUGUCCAGAGACAUGCCCCCUCAGCUUUCGUCAAUCCAGCUCGACCUGGUCCUGGACACUUGGCUGGUAGAUGAAACUGAGGGACUCAUGCCGUUGGAGUAUGUCGAUUCGGAGAAGAUUUCAGCUUUUUGGUCAACACCGAGUAUCACGAUGACAAUAGCCUCGUCGACUACGCCCGUUCCAAUUCGUCUUUCGUCGACUUCCUGCUACGAACCUCUGUCGGUUGCAAGGGGUGAUACGUCAAGCUCCAGCAGUGAUCUGUCCAGUGAAGACGACUACGAAUCUGAUCUCGAAGAUGGGCCAGGAUCAGAGUCGGGGGAGGGGGGGUCUAGCGCCCAAUCUGAAGCUGGAGAGUCGGUAGACGAAAUCGAAGACGACGAGUCGAUGGGAGGAAGCGAGGAGUCUCGUUACGAUGAGUACGGUUUGGGGUAUGACGACGAAGGGGCUAGUGCUCAGGACGACGACGACGAAUCGAGGUCGGGAAGUGAGGAGCUGUGCUAUGAUGAGUACGGCUCGCAGGAUGAAGAACAGGACGAGGACGCCAGUGCAGAGGAUGUGUACAUGGAAAGCGAUGGUUAUCCCAGUUCCGAUUGA